AUGUCUGAAAACACAAUAUCCAUGGAGUUCUCUUUGAUUCUCCUCCUCUUUAUCUCCUUCCUCGUUACCUCCUCUGCAACUCCUCCAAACCCUAAUUUAGUUCUCCAAGAAUUUCACAGAAAGCUAAACGCCUCCCGGCGGAAAUUAGGGUUCCGGCAAUGCAAUUCCGGCAAUCCAAUCGACGAUUGCUGGCGGUGCGAUCCUAAUUGGGAUCAAAACCGCCAGAGAUUAGCCGACUGCGCAAUCGGAUUCGGCAAGGACGCCGGCGGCGGCCGGAACGGCAAGAUUUACACGGUGACGGAUUCCGGCGACGACGACGCCGUCAAUCCCCGGCGGGGAACUCUCCGGCACGGCGCGAUUCAGGCGGAGCCGCUGUGGAUCGUGUUCGCGCACGACAUGACGAUCCGGCCGAAGCAGGACCUCGUAAUUAGCUCGUACAAGACGAUCGACGGCAGGGGCGCCGACGUGCACAUCGGCGGCGGCGGCGCGUGCAUCACAAUCCAGAACGCGAGUAACAUCAUCAUCCACGGCGUCCAGAUCCACGACUGCCGGCCGGCGAGGGACGGUUGGGUCCGGGACUCCCCGGAGCACCAUGGGUGGCGGAUGGGAUCGGACGGCGACGGGGUGUCGAUCCAGGGGGGUCGGCACGUGUGGGUGGAUCACUGCAGCAUGUGGAAUUGCGCGGACGGGCUGAUCGACGCGACGCACGGAUCGACGGCAAUUACAGUGUCGAAUAAUUACAUGAGGAGUCACGACAAGGUGAUGCUGUUAGGACAUAGCGACGAGUACGUGGACGACAAGAACAUGCAAGUUACUAUUGCUUUUAAUCGCUUUGGAGAAGGCCUCGUCCAAAGAAUGCCCAGAUGUAGGCAUGGAUAUUUCCAUGUGGUAAAUAAUGACUACACACAAUGGGAGAUGUAUGCAAUAGGUGGGAGUGCAUCACCAACUAUUAAUAGCCAAGGCAAUAGAUUUCUUGCCUCUAAUGACAAUGUUUGCAAAGAGGUGACAAAACGUGAGGAAGCCGUCGAAAAUCAGUGGAAAAAAUGGAAUUGGAGAUCGGAAGGAGACCUCAUGUUAAAUGGUGCAUAUUUUACGCCAUCGGGUGAUGGUUCAUCGCCGAGCUAUUCUAAAGCAUCGAGUUUCAAUGCAAGGCCGGCUUCGUUGGUGGGCACAAUCACCACCAAUGCCGGUGCCCUAAAAUGUCGGGUAGGUUCCCGUUGUUGA